AUGGCAGAGGGGGAGUGCAAGGCCCUGAGCCUCAUCUUCCGCAUCGCCGCGCUCGGUCUGUUGGUGGCGGCCGCCGUCGUGAAGGCCACCGAGAGCGAGGUGGUCGGUGGUGACGGCGGCACCGAAUCGUCGAGCUACUCCUCCGUCUCGUACAGCCAGUACAACGCUCUAAGGUACUUCGUGGCGGCCGGCGCGAUCUCGGCCGUCUGCUCGGCGGUGGCGUUGUACCUGUUCGCCGUGUGCGCCGCCGCCGCGGUCGGCUCGCUGCCGCUGGUGCCCUUCCUGGACGCCGCCGCGCAGGGCUUCCUCUUCUCGGCGGCCGGCGCGGCCUUCGCGGCCCGCGACGUGGUUAGCCGCACCGGCACGGCGGCUGGUUCGUGGGGAAGCAGCGGGGGAGAAGGCAGCGUGUGUGACGUCGCCAGCGCGUUCUGCGGCAGGGUGACCGUCGCGGGGGCCGUCUGCGCGUUCGCGGCCGUCUCUGCCACCGUCGCGGCGCUGGCCAGGGACGCGGGCCACGGCAGCUCGGGAGGGCGGCGUUGUGAAUGGUGA